AUGGUAUUGAUUAAUGGGGUCAAGUAUGCCUGUGAUCGCUGUAUAAGAGGUCACAGAGUCACUACAUGUACCCACACCGAUCAACCGUUGACCAUGAUCAAACCAAAAGGUCGUCCUGCUUCACAGUGCCAUCACUGCCGAGAAAACAGAAAGCAGAAAAGCGUACAUGUCACUUGCACUUGUGGGAAAAAGUCCAAAUUACCUCGGUCGGCGUCUUCAACUUCAAUCAACUCCAUACACGAGACUGGGUGCGCAUGUCACAAGACUAGCCAUUGCACCUGUGGCCCUUCUCUGGGAGUAGGUUUGCCAACUAAGAAGAACAAAGAAACAGACCCGGCAAAGAUAAGGGCCUUGUUAGACGGUGACAUUUUAAAAAGGUCAAACUCGUUACCAACGCGACCAAUGCCGAGAAGGCUCAGAAAGCAAUCGACACCUAGUGAAAUUGGUACGGCGUCUAACUCAGGCAACCAUUCACAAGAUCACGUAGAUUUUGGAUUCAUUUCUCCUCACGAGACGCAGUUGGAGAAUCCAGAACUCAGCGACAAUUUUGUCCUUGAGGAUAUAUUGAUGCCUUUUGAAAUCAAGAAAGGGUUGUUUGACUUGUUCAACAAACUGGACGAUCCUGAUGGCUCUAAUUCUGCGCUAAGUGAAGGAAUAAGUGGUGUUAAUACACAUUUGAACAAUACAAUAUCACCUCAGUCAAAUGAAUCCCCCACAAGUCGGGCAGAACAAGCACAUUCGAAUCAAGGGUCUUCGACAUUCAAUAAGGAGCGAGAUACAAGUCCAGCCGGUUUUGAAGUGGUUGAUCCCAUGUUUCCGCUUUUCCCACUUGUUGGUGGACCAAGUUUUGACACUGAAAAUAAGCCAUUGCUGGGCUUGCCUGCCAAUAUGAAUGAUCAACAGAUUCCACACCAACCAACUCCUGUCAGACCACUGCUAGCGACGCAAACCACAGAUCUGAACAGCUCGCUACCGUCAGCAACAGGGUCCAGUCAUAACAUCAAUUUUGGUAGUAGUUUUGACAAUAACCCACAAAAUGGAUACUAUAAUCAGCACCUGCGAGCUCCAAAACGUCCCGAGAGUGUUUUGUCAAUAGCGUCAAAUUCAUCUGCGCGAUCGUUUGACUUUAUGGGCAACAAUUACAGUAACUACAAUAGUGCACUUGCUAACGGUGGCGUGCCUUUGUCCAGUACUUCCACCGCAUACCCGCCUUCUGGUACUGGUACUGACGAAUUUAACUAUAUCGGUACAGAUCAUAACGAAGAACACAACAAUAGCAACACGAUGCAUCAUCAUUUUGGCAAGACAGGGCUUGGGUCUAGUAAAUUUGGAUCGCAGUUGAGCAAGAUUGAAAGUGAAAUGUAUACUGACUCCUUUCUUGAUGAAAAUGGGUUUGAGCAAUAUGGCAGUGAGGGUUUAAACUAUGGAGACUUGGGCGAAUAUGGUAAUGAUAUGCAGCAACGACCCUCAUUACCUGAUGCUUUGUCGACUCAUCCAAAUUUUUACCCUGUUGACAAUGGCAGUACUGAUGAACAAAAUAGUUUGCGAAAUGAAAGUAACGGUGCCAUAGGAUCAUCUGUUGGAAACACACCCAGUAAGGAUCCAUCAUCAUCUCAGCACUCUAAGACUGAUUCACCACAUCUGGGUCUAAUAGGGGCGGAUUUGCCAUUGUUUCAGCAUUUUGCAACCCCUUUGGUGAAUACUCCAAAAUAA